AUGUCUUUCCCCUACAAAACUGUCCUCGUCCUCGGCGCCACAUCUGGCAUCGGUCUCGCUCUCGCAGAGAAACUGAUCGAGAACGGAAGCCACGUGAUAGCAGUAGGACGACGAAAAGAGAACCUUGACUCGUUCGUCUCUGAGCAUGGGAAAGAGAAAGCUUCGUCUAUCCAAUUCGAUAUCACAGACUUGUCUUCUAUCCCGUCAUUUGUUGACUCAGUCAUCAAACAUCACCCAUCUCUCGAUUCCAUCAUCCUCAACUCUGGCAUCCAGCGUCCUCUAAACUUCACCCAUCCCAAAAGCAUAGAUUUAGAUGUCGUGGGGGAUGAAUUCAGCACCAACUACCUUGCCCCCGUCCACAUAAUCAAAGCCUUCCUCCCCUUUCUCCAACGCCAAAGUGCCCCAACAUCCCUAAUCUUCACCACCUCAGGACUCGCCCUCACCCCAAUCCUCCGCUGCGGCAACUACUGCGCCUCGAAAGCCGCACUCCAUCACCUGAUUCUCGUUCUCCGAGAGCAGCUUAAAGGGAGUAAUGUCAAGGUAGUCGAGAUCCUGCCACCCGCUGUGCAGACGGAGUUGCAUGAUGCGAAGCACCAGCCGGAUAUCAAGGAUGGAGGGAGUAUUGGGAUGCCGCUUGGGGAAUUUACUGAGGAGUGCUGGGAGGGGUUGGUUGCUGGAAAGGAGGCGGUACCGGUGGGCAUGAUGAAAGGGCAGUGGGGGUGGGAGGAGGAGAGGAGCAAGAGGUUUGGGGUGAUGGUUAAGGCUAUGAGGGGUGGGGGGAAGUAG